AUGUCGACCUGCAAGCCAAUGGACACCCCAGUUCUCCCUCAUAAGCUUCAAAAGAUUAGCAGCAAGGCUCAGAAACUUGAAGAUGCUCACGCGGAUCGUCUAAUCGCCUCCAAGCGCUCCGGCGAGGUUGUCUCGCGAGAAUCCUUAGCAGCACUCUACGCUCUUGCAUUGCGACUGCACUCCCCCCGGCUGGUCUUCCACGCGAAAACCCUCGAAACUAGCCAAGCAAAGCACAUCACGGCCGAGCAGAUAUGGGGGCAGAUGUCCGUUCUCCUCCGCCCCGUGUUGCGGCGUCUACAGGAUAACGUGCGGUAUGUAGAACGGCUAUAUGGCUCUACGGGUGGUCGAGAUAAUAAGAAUAGCCCGGCCGGAAAAAAUCUCCGCCAAGCUCCACACUCCAUCGAUAGUGAUAGUGAGGAAAAGGACGAGGAGGCUGCUAGCGCCUCCUCAGGCGCGUCCGAGAACGAAAGUGACUUGGAUGAUGAAAUCACGCAGUUGUUGGAAGAGAGGAAGCGUCGUGUAACCUCCAAAAAAGGCAAAGACUCCGGCGACGAUAAGGAUAACUGGCGCUUUGCGUUCGGCAAGGGCGGGGAUGAGGACGAAGAGGACUGGGGGAAUGACGAUGGUGGAAAGAAAAGACGAGGAGCUUCCAAUAGCGAUGAAGGGGACAUAGAUUCGGAGAACGACAUGCAUGCGCGUCGUGCCCGUGGACGGAAUCAACGCGCGAUUAUGGAGGCGGAUGUCGAUGGUGAGGAUAUCCACUCAUCGGAGGCCGCCGAGGAGGAGCUUGCCGCGCUGCGCGAGAUGUACGGCGAGGACUUUGAGUACGACGGAAAAGGUCUAGCCUCCAUGGGCGAGGAGGAUCCCGACCUCGAGGGUGAUCUCAUGUUUGACCACCCCAGUCAGCAAGGAGAGGAAGAGGAGGACGACAACAGAAACCUUUUUGAUGAACAACUUGAUGGUGCGCGAGGUCACGCCCGUGGCAAUAUGCUCAACGACGUGAUGGGUGACUUCGAGGAAAACGCGUCGCAAGCCACCACGGGAAAUGACGUUGACGAGGAGCUUCAGCAAGCACUAGCAGAUCCCAACCUCACUGCACUUGAGAAGGAGCGGCUAAUUGAGAAGAAAAAGAUCGAAAAGCUCGAGCAGCAGCGGCUUUAUGCCACGGACUGGACGAUGGCGGGUGAAACUGCUGCUAGCAAGCGACCCCGUGAGGCUCUGCUUGACAUUCAGGAUUUGGAAUUCGAUUACGGGAUGAAGGCGAUGCCCGUGAUCACGGCGGAGUUCACCGCGAAGCUCGAGGAUCGGAUCAAACGUCGGGUUGUCGAAAAGCACUUCGACGAUGUCGAGCGGCGUAGCACCCUCACGACCGCGGAUACUUUAGUCACGACGAGACGUGAUGCCGUGCUAGAUUCGGAGAAGUCUAAGCUUUCGCUCAUGGAUUUAUACGAGAAGGAGUAUCUCGACAAGAUGCGGGCCGCGGAGGAGGCCCGAGGCGAGGCCGUGACCCAGGCUGAGCCGCUGACGGAGAUUGAGAAGGACGAGCUGCGUGCGAUUCAAAUGUGGCGCCGUCUCGCCCAGCACCUGGAUGCUCUCAGCAACUUCUUCUACACCCCGAAGCCGGUGCAGGGAGAUCUGGAGGCUCGUGUGCGGGCCGUCGAGCGUCAGGCCCCGGCAAUAGCAUUGGAAAAUGUCGGAAACUUCGCGGCGUCCCGCGAAGAUGCCCUGGCCCCGCAGGAUCUCUACCGGGGCUCCAGGCAUAAGUUUAUGGAUGCCGGGGCAAACGAGCUCAAGCCGAAGGAACGACGCGCGCUGCGUCGCGCAAAGAAGGAACAAGGGAAAAAGGUGAAGGAUAUUAAGGCAAAGUUGAAAGCCCGGCGCCAACCACAGUCAAAGGAUACCUUAAAUAAAUAA